UAUGUUGGAACUAUAAUUGGGCUUUCUAUGUCUGGAUAUAUAGCAAUUUGUCAUCGAUGGGAGUGGAUAUUCUAUGGUUUUGGGAUUGUAGCUACAAUAUGGGCAAUCUUAUGGUUCAUAAUAAUCAAGGAUUCGCCAGCAGAUGACAAUUGGAUCUUAAAGAGUGAGAAAAAGUUUAUACUAGACAGUUUGAAUCCUGUUGAAAGUCCAGGAACUCCAUGGAGAGCGAUCCUGACAUCCUUACCUGUUUAUGCUAUUGGAAUGGCUCAUUUUGCGUACUGCUGGGGAUACAAUACAUACUUGACAAUAAUUCCACUGUAUUUGCAGGAUGUCUUAGAUUAUGACACAGAUGGACAUUAUCACACAAUGAUAAGUUGCAUUUCAUAUAUCCUGAUUACUUUAUUACUGUUUCCAUCAGGAUAUCUUGCUGACUGGCUACAAAUGAACAAUUAUCUUUCAACAACUCAAGUCAGGAAAUUCUUCAAUAACAUUUCCUUCUUUCUACAAAUGGCUUUACUGCUUAUGUCUGGAUAUUUUAAAGAUUUAGUAGCUGUUAUUGCAUGCUCAAGUUUAUCUGUUGGAUUAGGUGCACUGGCAAUGUCUGGAUUUUUGGCAAAUUCAUUGGACAUUGCACCACAAUAUUCAAGCAUAAUUCUUGGAAUAUCAAACAGUUUUGCUGUUCUUCCAGGAGUUUUAAUGCCUUUCCUAUCUGGUCACAUUAUUCAGACGCCUUCUGAUUCCGAGUACAAAACAAUGUUCUUUAUAGCAAGUGCUGUCUAUCUCUUUGGAUUCUUCUUCUAUGCAAUUUUCGCAUCAGGAAAAGUUCAACCUUGGGCGAUUUUGCAUCGUCAGCCGUCUAUCAGUCUAGAAAUUCUCGAAAGUGAUGUAAAAAGUCAGAAUGUGUCUCGAGAAAAUUCUAAGUAUAGAAAAUAAGAAUGAGUGCUGCAUGACUUUGUGUGAAAUACGGACGGAGUAAUUUUAUAUAGGAAGACCAUCUGCUGUAAUUUUGUCAUGACAAUGUUCAUUUAUGUUCUGGUCAUCAAAAUAAAUAGUCUGGAUUGACAUACAUUGAAAUGUUGUCCACACUGCUGCAAUACUAAGAUAGUUUACAUAGACUUAAGGAUUCUUGAUAACCAUUUUCAAUAAGGUUCCACUUAGCAAAGCGAUGACACUUAGUUCUUAAUAAACUAUCCAAUUAACAGCCGUGUAGACAACAUUCCAAUGUGUGCAAAUCAAGCAUGUCUGUGUUAACAACACUGG